UGUUUCCAUCUCGCAUUAGUAGUUUUUUUGAAUUUUGUGGAAACAGUUAUCAUCAUUCAUCAUCGUUCGCCAUGAAUAAGUUAUUCUUCGUAAUUGGACUCUUCAUUAUCUCGUUUGCUUCCGCACGAGUUGUACGCGAGGCUCCAGCGAAACCCGAAUUCUCAUUCGAAAGUUUCUUUAAAACAACUCAGGAACAUUUUAAGGAAGUAGAAGAGGCUAUCUUAAAAACGAUUGGCGCUUCUAAUCCCGACGAUGUAAAAAGAAUUGUCGAACAACAAGGUCAAACUUUAGCCAAACAAUUUGAUGUAUGGGCCGAUCAUAUCAAAAAAGACACCGAGGAAUUAAAGAAUUUAUCGGUUGUGAAGGAGUUGCGUGAGACCGUUGAAAAUCGAGUCGAAGAAUUUAAAGGUGAACAUCCGCAAACAGCGGCCGAUAUAGAACAAUAUAUUGGAAAAGCUAAACAAGAUGUCGAGGAUAUUAUCAGUAAAAUAAAAGCGUUAAGCGAAUCGAAGGAGGCGGAGAAUAUUAAAAAUGUUUCGCAGAAAUUAGUCGACACGGCUAAGGAUGCUUUUAAAGAUCUAGCGGAAUCGAUUAAAGAAAGUGUUAAUAAAACUGAAUAAAUUAUAAACA